UAAUGGAAGUUCGAGGGAGAGAGAGGAAACAAAUGAAUGAAGAUAAAGGAUGAUACACGACAGGUAGGAAGAGAGUGAGAGAGACAGAGAGAGGCGCUCGAGAACAUUGGCGCAGUCCACCAUUAGUCACCAGAAUUCCCUAAGCUUCACAAAGUCCGUGCUGGAUUGAGAUUAAAGAUGUGGGUGUGAUCUUAUUCCAUUGAUCUUGCAGUUUGAAUUCGAUGUAUGGAUGACUAAAUUUCUCGGUUUGGUUGAUAAGGAAACCGAGAAAACAAAGUAAAGAACUGCAAAGGAAGUUGAUCUCUGUUUCAUCGAUUUACCAUUUCUAAAAAGUGACAAGUGGUUGUGUUAAGCCAAGUCCAGGGGAGAUUCUUCCUAUACUCGAUAGAUAUGGGUACAUACCUCAGCACUCCCAAAACCGAAAAGUUCUCUGAAGAUGGGGAGAACGAUCGGCUUAGAUAUGGUUUAUCAUCCAUGCAAGGUUGGCGGGCAACCAUGGAAGAUGCUCAUGCUGCAUAUCCUGAUCUUGAUUCAUCCACUUCAUUCUUUGGUGUUUAUGAUGGCCAUGGAGGCAAGGUUGUUGCAAAGUUCUGUGCCAAGUAUCUUCACCAACAGGUGCUAAAAAAUGACGCAUAUGCUGCUGGAGACAUAGGAACUUCUGUUAAGAAAGCUUUUUUCAGAAUGGAUGAAAUGAUGCGUGGACAAAGGGGUUGGAGAGAAUUAGCUGUUUUAGGCGAUAAGAUAAACAAGUUUACUGGCAUGAUAGAAGGGUUGAUUUGGUCUCCAAGGAGCAGUGAUAGCAAUGAACUGGUUGAUGAUUGGGCUUUUGAGGAGGGACCUCAUUCUGAUUUUGCUGGACCAACUUCUGGGAGCACAGCCUGUGUUGCAAUCAUUAGAAACAACGAACUUCUUGUUGCAAAUGCUGGUGAUUCUCGUUGUGUGAUAUCUAGGAAGGGUCAGGCAUAUAAUUUGUCUAGGGAUCACAAACCCGAUCUUGAGGUUGAGAAGGAAAGGAUUUUAAAGGCUGGUGGUUUUAUACAUGCAGGGCGUGUCAAUGGCAGUUUAAAUCUUGCUCGGGCUAUAGGUGACAUGGAAUUCAAGCAGAAUAAAUAUUUGCCUGUUGAAAAGCAAAUCGUAACUUCUAAUCCAGAUAUAAAUGCAGUUGAGCUUUGUGACGAUGACGAUUUUAUUGUGUUGGCAUGCGAUGGCAUCUGGGAUUGCAUGUCAAGCCAGCAACUGGUAGAUUUUAUUCACGAACAACUAACCUCGCAGGAAAACAAGCUUUCACUGGUUUGUGAGAGAGUGCUUGAUAGGUGUUUGGCACCAACAGCUGGUGGUGAGGGAUGCGACAACAUGACCAUGCUCUUGGUGCAGUUCAAGAAACCCAUUAUGUCCAUAGCAUCUCCUAACAAACAAUCCUCACCAUCCAAACCAGCUGAUCCUGAAUCAAAUCUGGAGGACAGCGGAUCAAAGUAGUUGCUGCAAUGCAUCCACAAAUCAGAUCCUGUACCGUACUACUUUCUAUCUUCUUGGAUCUUUAACUGUAGAUGGUCUUGUAAGAAAAUAUUCGGAUCGAGUACUAAGAAAAAUCUUUCUUGUU